AUGUCCUUGCAGGUCAACUUGUCUAGCAAAGAGAUCAGCGAGGCAUACCAAAACGUCGUUGCUGGCAGAAACAUAGAUUGGGUAAUAUACACAUAUGACAAGGGUGGAAAUGACCUGAAAGUACAGGCCACUGGCAAUGGUGGGCUUGAGGAACUAGAAGAGGAAUUCUCAGAUGGACGGAUGCAGUACGCAUUCGCGCGUGUUAUAGAUCCAAACAGUAAACUGGCCAAGUUCGUACAAAUCAACUGGUGUGGAGAUGGCGUGCCAGAAGCCAAGAAAGGUUUAUUCCACACUCACUCCGGUGCUGUUGCGAAGUUUCUUCGCGGUUCUCAUGUUGUGAUCAGUGCUCGCAACGAGUCCGAUGUCGCACCUGCGCUCAUAAUGAAGCGUGUCGAGGCUGCGUCUGGGGCAAAAUACUCAGCGCACAACGAGCAGGCGCGCAAGUUCGAACCGAUCGCCCCUGUAGGUACGAGCUACACGCCUGUCGGGCGCCCCGACAUCGCUGCCAUGCGCAACGUCCAGCCGCCACCGAGGAACGUUUCAUCGUCUGCGCCUUCAGCACCGAAACCUGUUACGACAUCGACAUUCUCUAAGCCUGCGAUACCCACCUGCUCCGCGCCCUGGAAAGCCCCCGCUGAUGCUUGGGAGGAAGACGCGCCUUCACCGCCUCCGCCUGCUGCCUCACGUCCCCCGGCCAUACCCAGCGCUCCAAGGCCUGCUUUUUCCUCUUAUGUUGGCACGAACCCUGCACGCUCUACUCCUGCAGCUCCUACUACCCCACCUGCCGUCCUUUCCUCCAAUGUUCCUGUUAAACCUGUAGAAGAAGAUCGUAUUGCCCCAGUAGGUACCGCGUGGACCCCGGUCAAACUCACGCCAGGCAGGCUGAAAAAUCCGUUUACACAAUUCGAGCAGCAGCAGCAGCAGCAACAAGCUCCUCCGCCCCGAGCAUCCGCUGCUGGUGGACCAAAGAAACUCACUUGGAGCGAACGUCAAUUGCAAGCGAAGAAACAAGCAGAGGAAGAAGAGAAAAGAAGUAGAGAGGCUUCGUGGCAAAGCCCUACAUCUACAGGCGUAAGCGGCAGUCAGACACAGGGAAGAUUUGGUGCCAAAGUUGCUGCUGCAGCCGUAAGUGAAGAGGAAGAGGCUGCUCCGCCGCCGCCGCCGCCACCACCACCACCACCACCACCACCACCAGCAUUUGCACCUGCGCCCAUUGAAUUGGAAGAAGAGGAAUCGGGACCACCGCCGCCACCACCACCUCCACCGCCACCGCCACCUGUAGCUCAGAUGCAGGCGCUGAGUGUGGAGCCAGAGCCAGAGCCAAUGCUUGCUCCUGCGGGUCAUGGUAUCUGUGCUGUGGUACUGUAUGACUAUGAGGCUACGGAAGAUAAUGAGAUGAACUUGGAGGAAGGCGAAUUUAUUGAGCAGAUCGAACAGAUCGAUGAAGGUUGGUGGAGUGGUGUUAGCCAAGGAGGUGAGAAGAGCGGGUUGUUCCCUGCAAACUAUGUGGAAAUUGUAGAACAAUCUCAGGAAGAGGUUCCACCACCUCCACCACCUCCGCCGCCGCCAGCCCCGGCAACGCCGCCCGCUCCCGAACCUGAACCCGAGGUCUCUGUUACCGAUGAGGGUAUUGUAGCAGUGGCUCUUUACGACUAUCAAGCUACCGAGGACAAUGAAAUAUCGUUCCUUGUGGGUGACAGGAUUGUUGAAAUCGAGGCGGUUGGUGAAGGGUGGUGGCAAGGCAAGAAUCCGCAGGGCAAUAUCGGAAUGUUCCCCGAAAAUUAUGUCGAACUACAAGAAUGAAGAAUAGGCGCUAGCAAUUAUGGCCUGUCUUAUCAAUUCUGAACAACUAUAUGUAUCAAAUGACGAACCGAGCUGUGCCACCAUCGGUGAAAACCACCCCAUGUCCAAACAGCAUGUGCAACCUUCCAAAGAAUAAUUGAUUUUAUUUACACAUUGAUUCAGUCGAUUAGUAUCAAAUGUUAGGAACUUUAUGUUUCAAGACGCCCACCGUCAUCGCAAUUCUCAGUGCGAUUUCUCUUACACCUCUGGCCUCCUCAACUGCUGCGCCAUUGCGAACAGCGCCAGUGAGCUGCCAUUCAACCUGACUGAGCGUGUCGUUUGCGAUUAAUGCAGCAAUAAUGGCAAAUGACGUCUCCUUGGGUGAGAUCACUUUCGAGAAGGAGUGC